GAAAGGUGAGGGCGAGUGAGAGAGAGUCUGUGAGAGCCAAAGGAGAAGAAAGGGAGAGGGAAGAACAGAGCAACAGAGAUCAGACAAGAAUAUAUAUAUAUAUAUGUAGAGAAUCAACCAAGGUAUCAUUAUAAGAUUUUUUUUUUUUUUUAAUUUUUCUUGGGUUCUUCACUUCUUCUAUAGAGAUUUGUGUUGCCUUCACGCUCUGUGUAGUUUACUCUCCAUCUAUUUCUUUGGGUUUUGGGUUUUUCUCAGGCAAGUAAUUGGAAAUAACCCGAAAGGAUUUUGUCAUGUUGUGAGGAGAUAAAUCGCAGCCAUAGAUUCGUCAUCCUUUUGUUUUUUUUUUUUGUUUUCGUUUUUAAUUUUUUAAUCUUUUGUUCGCUCUUUUUAUGUUUUAGUUGGUGAUUGGGUUUCUCUUUUUCGUUGGAAGAAAGAAGGAAGGGGUUUUCCUGAAGAAGCAGAGAGAGAGAGAGAGAGAGAGGGAGAGGAGAAAAGGAGGUGGGAGUGACGAAUUUAUGUCGGCUAGUUUUGAUCUGUUGAUUAGAGCUCCGGAGCAGCUCUGGCUUUCUUCUCUGUUUCUCUCAUUCUCGAGUUUCUUCACUUUCUUCUUCUUCUGGCUCUGCAUGCGACUUUCACCUCUCCCGCACUGGACGAAAAAGGGGUCGCUAACCGAUUCGAUGCGCUUGAGGACUGUUUCGAGAGUAGAAUGCUUUGUGGGUUUUCACAUAAAGCGAUUUUUAUAUCUCUUUUUGUUCUUGAGAGGAGUUCUUACUUGAUACCGAGGCUUUGAGAGAUUUCUUUCUAAUAUAUUUCUUUUCUCUGAGAUAUUUUUUGGUUCUUUUCUUCGGGGGUUGGGAUUUGCGGAAGAUUUUAUUUUGCAUUCUUUCUAGAAAUGCCAGGCCCUCAAAGGCAGCUUUUGAAUCAAGAUAAGGUAUGUAAGAAGCAGAAGAAGAAACAAAGCUUUAUCAGCGAAGAGAUGGAGACCAAAACGAUGAGAAAAAUCCGUGUUAUCUGUUACGACCCCGAUGCGACUGAUUCUUCGUCCAGUGAAGACGAAACUAAUGAAAGGAGGAAUGGCGUGGGUUGUAAACGUCUGAUUCGUGAGAUUCGUGUUCCGAUUUCUCCUUUUCAAUCAUCUUUUGCUGAAACAGAGAGCUCUUCUCAAGAUAGUAACAAUGGUGCCAAAACCCCUAACAAGUCUGGCAAAAACCCUAGUAAAAGGGGUUUGACGAGGACGCCCAGAUCUUCUUCCAAAUACAGGGGCGUUCGUCAGAGGAGAUGGGGCAAAUGGGCUGCGGAGAUUCGAGACCCUAUCCGAGGGGUUCGAGUCUGGUUGGGUACUUAUGAUACUGCUGAAGAGGCCGCUGAGGCAUAUGAAGCCGCUUCGAAGAGUUUUCAGAUAGAGAGCAUGUCUCUCUCAGGCGGGCGCAUCAAAAACAACGAUGGCAACCACAAUACACCAUCGUCUUCUGCAGCAGGUUCUAUGACUCAGUCCUGUGUUUCUGAGGACUCUGAGAGUCUUUUCUCUCACUCGUCCCCAUCUUCGGUUCUCGAUGUCUCCACUGCAGCCUCACAUGUGGCUUGCGCUGGCUCGCAAACCAAAGAAGAACAACAUUCCACAAGAAAUGCAGAGUCGCAGCAGCCACAACCAGAAAAGCAUCAGCCCAUCUCAGAUUUCCUAGAGGAGGAACCAUUGCCAGUAAUUUCAUCACCAAUGGCGGAAGAUCUUGAGCUUAGUUUUGAGUUGGAUUCAUUCCUCGUCAACGAUUUUGGGCAUGCUUUUGAAGAUUUCUACGACUUCUCUGAGAUUCCACUCUACGGAUUUGAAGACCGUGACCCGAGUGAUCUUCCCAACUUUGACUUCGAUCUGGGCGCCGAAGAAUUGGCGUGGAUUGAUGAAUCCCUUAAUAUUGCCUGCCCAUAAGUUUUGUAGUUAGGAGUUUGAGCUAUUUGUUAGUCGUUACAGUGGUUCAUUUAUCUCUUUUUAAAUUCUUAGGAGCUUAAGGAAGAAGCUCUUGAGAGAGAGAGAGAGAGAGAGAGAGAGAGAGGGUUUUGUGGUUGAGUUCGUUUAUUUGUUUAUACAGAGAGAUGAGUUCGGAGUGCGGGGGAGAGUUCUUGGGUUUUUCUGUGCUAUUAGAGCCGUCCCAAGAUUUUCUACUUUCCUCAACAAGAGAGUCAUCAGAAGUAGUGUUGAACCGGUCAAGAUAUUGUUCAUCUCUCUGCACUUUUCUCCCGGUCUUUCAACUUUGUGUUUGGUUGAGAUUGAGCAGCUAUGCUUGAUUUCUUUUUUAAUUGAUGGAAUAUAAUAUUAUGAGUUUAGUAUUUUAUGUGGAAUUUUA